ACGGGUGACGAGCACAUUUUGCAUUGUAUUCCUUGUUAUAGUUGUUAAGCUCACAGAAGUUGUUUUGUGUUUGAAAUAUAUCCUUUUUCGAAAUCACCGUCUUGUGUUUCAUAAUAAUUCAUGACUUUCUAUUACUGCGUCGCUCGCGAUUGACACUUAGAAACCACUUGGAGUUAAAUACAAUUUUUUACAGAUAAAAACAUGUCCACGUUCAAAGUGAAAGUAAAAUGGGGAAAGGAAGUUUACACCGACGUGGAAGUAAAUACGGAAGAACCGCCGCUCGUGUUCAAGGCGCAGUUGUUUGCGUUGACGGGUGUGAAUCCGGUACGUCAAAAAGUAAUGAUGAAAGGUGGAGUUUUGAAAGACGAUUCGUGGGGAAACAUACAAAUAGUAGAAGGUCAGACAAUAUUGAUGAUGGGCAGUAAGGACGAGGACGUUCCAGUCGAGCCCACUGUCAAACCAAUGUUUGUCGAAGACAUGACUGAAACACAAUUGGCAACUGUUACUAACAUGCCUGCUGGUCUGGCAAACCUGGGCAAUACUUGCUAUUUAAAUGCUACUGUCCAAUGUCUAAAGACUGUUCCCGAAUUAAGACUUGCCUUGAAAGAAUUCAAUACGACUCCGAAUACGUCUAUAUCAAACUUUGCAUUUCCGGAAAAAAUUACAUUGGCGUUAAGCGACUUGUAUCGAGCCAUGGAGACAAAUCAAACAAUUCCUCCCCUUGUCUUGUUACAAAUGUUACAUCAAGCGUUCCCGAGGUUUGCCGACAAGGUGGAAGGGCACUACAUGCAACAGGACGCCAACGAAUGUUGGGUAGAACUCGUACGUAUGCUACAGCAAAAAUUGCCAGCUCUGAAGAACAAGAAUAAUGACAAACAAACUACUAGUUACAAAUCUAUGAUUGAUCAAUUUUUCGGAGGCACGUUCAGUGUCGAAUGGAAAUGUACAGAAAGCGAUACAGAAGACAUAAGCAAAACAAGCGAGUCAUUUCUACAACUAAGUUGCUUCAUAUCUCAAGAUGUUAAAUAUAUGCAUUCGGGUUUAAAAAAUAGAAUGCAAGAGCAUAUAACAAAACAUUCACCAGUCCUCGGUAAAGACGCUGUGUACACAAAAACGUCAAAAGUCAACAGACUACCAGCGUAUCUUACUAUUCAGUUUGUGCGAUUCUUUUACAAAGAAAAGGACCGUAUCAAUGCCAAGAUAUUGAAAGAUAUUAAAUUUCCUAUUGAUUUUGAUGCGUUUGAGUUAUGUACACCUGAAUUGCAAGAAAAAUUGGUACCCGUCCGAAGUAAAUUCAAGGAACUCGAAGACAAAAUGGCCGUCGACGGAGUGAAACCGAACCCGAGAAAAAUGGGCGAUUCGAAAGAAGUAGAAAUACCCACAGCUCCUUAUUGGUUUGAAGACGAUUACGGUUCAAACAAUUCCGGUUAUUACACUCUUCAGGCGGUGUUGACUCACAAAGGCAGAUCUAGCUCUAGCGGCCAUUACGUUGGUUGGGUUAGACAGUCACCCAUGUCUGAAAAAUGGAUUAAAUGUGAUGAUGACACCGUCACCCCAAUCACUACAGAUGAAAUACUAAAAUUGUCUGGAGGAGGUGAUUGGCAUUGUGCUUACGUUCUUCUUUAUGGACCAAAACUUCUACCGUUAGAAACCAAAUCAGAGUCUUAGUUAAAACGACUGUUGGAACCAAAAAAACACCAUGGCAAAUAAAAAAAAAAUUAUCAUUUUGUUUUAUUAGUUUUCUUGUGUAAAAAAAAAUGAUAAUAAAAAAGUUUUUCAGCUAUUGAAAUUAUUACAAAUCAAUUGAUAACAUUUAAAAUACUACUAUUGUUGAAUCAUAGGAUAUGUUUAAAUUGAUAAAUUUUACUAUAAUAUUUGUGUUGUAAAUUAUCAUCGUAAACUCUGUUAAUUAUUGAUAAAGAUAUUCUCUGCAAUUAAGUUGUUAGUAAGCAUAAAAAAAAAACAUGUAUGAAUUAAAUUAAUAAAAUAAAGUAUUUUCCACUUUUAUUUACAAA